AUGAAUUACAUGAUUCUCACAGACUUCCCUCCAUACACAUGUCCGACCGAAACACAGACCUCAACCAAUCGAGGACAUCUAACCGUACUAGCCGUAUUUAUCUGUCCGCAUCAUUUCUAUUUAAUCAUCAUUUCUGAAAGGUGCACUGAAUGGACACGUAUGAACGCCUUGAAUCCAAAACCUGCUCCGUUGAAGGAUGCUCAGUCGAAAGACGCUCCGUCGAAAGAACGAAAAAGUGCACAACCUGCAGCAAAGCCCGUAAGAUCUAGUGAUGAUAUCAACGUUGGAUCUGAUGAACAGAAAAAAUCUCAAGAAAAGAAAGAAGGAGCAAGCGCUCCUGCGAAAGAAGCCCCGCCUCCCAAAGGUCAGGUGAACCCGGGGAAUAAAAAAGGUCGACCUUUAGGAGGGAAGACGCCAAAAACUGGAUCGGAGAGCAGCUCUAAGUCGGCGCAGAAUAUGCGAAAGAUUCUACUCGUGUCCAUCCUGAUCGUCCUAUUUUUCUGCGUCAUGUUUUUUAUUAUGACAAUAAUAGGCUUUCUACAUUUAUUGGGAGUGUUUCACUUUCUCUCGGAAGUCUUCACAAGCCGGAACUCAUUCACACCACACAACAUGGAGGUUGAUGGGAAUCAAGAAUAUUCCGAAAAUGAAGGGCCAGUACUAGUAGAAGACAAUAGAGAGGGUGAUGAACUUCUUUCAAACAAGUCCGAGACCAGGAAGACAGAAUCGAUGAAAUCGAGCACUGCUAAAGUAGAAAACGCAUCAGACCAGGGUACUGAAUAUUUGCUGGAGGAAACACAAGCAACUGCAUCAGAAAUUGAAAUCGUAGAGGAGGAAUAUUUUACGAAAUAUAAAAACUCACCAAGAAGCGUUAAGCGGUGUUUCUUGGAAUUCGCAUUUGUUUUAUUUGGUAUUCUGUUUGUUUUUUGUCUAUUCGCAACAAUUAUAGGGAUUUUGCAUUUACUCGAUCGUUUAACUUUCUUUAAACAAUUCAAUUCAAUGACCUGUUUCGCUAAGUAG